CCGGAAGUUGACAGCGACACAGCGAUAAGUGGGGUUCUGUUUGAAGUGCGGAGUAAGAAGUUUUCUGGGUUCUGCGUAGGUACUAACAAUGGACACCCAAAAGGAUGUUCAACCCCCAAAGCAACAGCCAAUGAUAUAUAUCUGUGGAGAAUGUCACACAGAAAAUGAAAUAAAAUCCAGGGAUCCAAUCAGAUGCAGAGAAUGUGGAUACAGAAUAAUGUACAAGAAAAGGACUAAAAGAUUGGUGGUGUUUGAUGCUCGAUGAAACCUGGAAAUUCAGAAGAAUGUCUUCUCUUAUAACUUGAAUUUUCCCUGUUAAUGUUUCUCACUGUUGGGUAGCUUUGGUUUUGUAUACAGUAGUCUCCCCUUAUCCUUGGGGGAUACAUUCCAAGACCCCCAGUGGAUACCUGAAACCUUGGAUAGUACCAAAUCCUUUAUACACUAUGUUUUUCCUAUGCAUAUGUACCUAUGGUAAAGUUUAAUUUAUAAAUUAGGCACAGUAAGAGAUUAACAACUAUAACUAAUAAAAUAGAACA